CCACUCUACACACCACCAUGACACUCGAGACCUCGUCCACGGCGUCGAGCAGCAAGCUCCCAGCUCGCGAGCAUGCGGCCAAGGUCGCUGCUGAGCUCGUUGCGCUCCUCCCCGAGGCUGAGCGCGCCGGCACGCACGCCGUGUUCCUCCAAGGCCACCCCACGACGACGCGCGACGACACUGACCGCGAGCUGCCGUUCCACCAGGAGGCCAACUUCAACUACCUGACCGGCGCGCACGACGUGCACUCGGCGUCCGUGCUGGUCGUGUUCACGCCCGGCUCGUCGCACGAGGUGCAGCACACGCUCUUCAUCCCGCCGGCAGACCCGCUCGAGACGAUGUGGUCGGUCGCGCCGCCGACGCUCGAGGACGCCGCUGCGCGCUUUGACGCCGGCGCGAUCAAGUCUACGGCCGAGAUUGGCUCUGCGCUCGCGGCGCUCGCGGGCGCGAACGCGACGCUGCACACGCUGCCCCUGACGACAGAGUACCCGCCCCUUCCGGCUGCUGUGCUCGAUGCGCUCAAGACGACGAAGGCGCACCGCACCGAGCUCCUCCGCGAGGCGUUCCACCGCGCGCGCCUCACCAAGACCGAUGGCGAGAUUGAGCGUAUCCGCCACGCCAACGCCAUCACGUCCGGCGCGCACGAGGUGCUCAUGCGCGAGCUGGGCCGUUUUGCUGCCCAGCGCGCCAAGCAGGGCGGACAGGAGACCAAGGUGCGCACGGGGCACGAGGGCAUCACGGCGUGGGAGGUCGAGAGCGAGGCCGACGCCGAGGCCCUCUUCGUCGCUACCUGCCGCCGUAUGGGCGCCGAGCAGGCGUACCUGCCUAUCGUGGCAUCUGGGAGCCACGCGAGUACGCUGCACUAUGUCUGUAACGACCGCCUCUUCCCCUCGACCGCGCAGCCCCGCCUGCCAGGCGACACGUCGUUCACGCCGCGCCGCAUCGCCCGCGGUUGCUGUGGUGACGUGCCUGAGCACUCGCAUGUUCUGCCCACCUCGUCGUUGCACAACGGCGCGUUCGAGCCCCAGGUGCUGCUCGUCGAUGCAGGCAGCGACUGGCAGGGCUACGCUUCAGACGUGACGCGCACGAUCCCCGUCGGCAACGGCGGCAAGUUUACCGACCGUGCGGGCGAGAUCUACGAGCUGGUGCUCCGCAUGCAGAAGGAAACCGAGGGCAUGGUCCGCGUCGGCGCACAUUGGGAUGAGCUGCAUCUCCACGCGCACAAGGUACUUGUUGAUGGCUUCCUCUCCCUCGGCAUCUUCAAGGGCGACGCUGGCGAGAUCCUCCAGAGUGGCGUCACGGCUGCCUUCUUCCCCCACGGCCUGGGCCACUCGCUCGGCCUGGAUGUUCACGACUCGCUCCAGCUGCUCCGCGCUGAGCACAAGGACCUGCCGCCGUCGACGGCGGCCACGCCAGCCAAGCUGUACACGUACCUCCGCAUCCGUCAGAAGCUCACUGCCAACAUGGUGCUCACGGUCGAGCCGGGCUGCUACUUCCCUCCGCAGCUGCUCGACACGCACGGCGCGUGGGAGUCGGAGUUUGUCGACCACGACGUGCUCAAGACGUACCUGCCCGUCGGCGGCGUUCGCAUCGAGGACGUUGUGGUGGUGCGUGAGGGUGCGCCGGCGGAGAACCUCACGACUGCAGGCAUCACGAUGGACUGGCUCAAAUCCACGGGCACGCUGCACGGCGGCCCGACGGUCGCUGUCCCCGGCGAGAUUCUGGGGUUCUGGGAGCUGCAUAAGCGGUACGGGCGGCUCGCUUGGCAGCGGCUGUUCGCCCCGAGCAUCAAGCUUGCAAGGGAGGGGUUUGCGCUGGGCAAGGACUUGCAUGAGGCCCUCACCGACGCCCGCGACUGGCUGUACAACGACCCCGAGUUCAUCAAGACGUACACUACCAACGGGGUCAUCCUUGCGCCGGGGGACACGCUCAAGCGGCCCGACUACGCGGCGACGCUCGAGCUGAUUGCGGCUGAAGGCCCGGCGGCGCUGUACAAGGGCGAGAUUGGCGCGGCGAUCGUCGACGCCGUGCAGGCGCGCGGGGGCAAGCUGAGUGUCGGUGACUUGAGGGACUACACCGUGCAGUGGUCCAAGCCGCUCGUCGGCAGCUUCCGCGGGCACAAGGUCAUCACGCCGGGCGCGCCUGCGUCCGGCGCGAUCCUGCUCUCGGCGCUGAGCACGCUCGACGCGCUCCCCGUGCCCAACGAAGGCGCCGAGGCGGACCUGCACGCUGCGAUCGAGGCCGCGCGCUGGGCGUACGGCGCGCGCCUGCUCCUCGGGGACCCGGACUUCGUGCCGGGCCUGGACAGCGUGCAGGCUAGCCUCAUCUCGCCCGAGGCUGGGCGCGCGCGCGCCGCCAAGAUCGGCGACAAGACUGACAAGCCGGACGUGUACCUCCCCGCCAGUGCGUCCGCGCAGAACGAUAACGGCACGAGCAACAUCUCUGCCGUCGACAGCGAGGGCUACAUCGCGACGCUGACGACAACGAUCGGGAGCCUGUUCGGCUCGCGCAUCCUCGUGCCCGGCACCGGCGUGCACCUGAACGACAGCCUGAACGACUUUAGUCUGGCAGGCGUGCAGAACUGGACGGGGUACCCGCCCGCCGAGCCAAACUACGCGCGCGGGGGCAAGCGCCCGCUGUCGAGCUCGACGCCGUACGUCCUCGAGGCGGGUGGCCGGCCCGUGCUCGUCGGCGGCGCGGCGGGCGGCAGCACCAUCAUCGGCGCGAACGCGCAGGUGAUCCGCAACGUCGUCGACUUUGGCCACUCGGCGCUUGCGGCGCUCGCGGCGCCGCGGUUCCACGACCAGGUAUUGCCUGACGCCACGGUGCUCGAGCUCGCGAGCGAGCGCGGCGCCAAGGUCGAGGGGUUCGACGACGCGACGGCGGCCGCGCUCGCCAAGAGGGGGCAUAUCGUGCAGUGGUGGGACACAUCCCGCGCGACCCCCGUCGCCAUCCGCCUCCUCCCCGACGGCACGUUCGAUGCCGCCGGCGACGCGCGCAAGUAUGAGGCUGGCGCCCGCGGCGGCUCAGUAUUCUAUGCCAAGUAAUGUCUAUG